CAGUCAACCGCGUGGCUUGCGUGCGAAUGAACGUCCGGGGCGGCUUAUCGUCGUUUUGCUUUACUCGUUAUCGAAAAUAGUAAAUACAAAAAAAUAAUAAUAAUAUUGUUAUUAUUCUAUUUAAACGUUUCAAACGCAUAAAAAAAAAAAUCGUGCGUCGGUAUAAAUUACGCGUACGACGACUAGUGGUCAGCAAAACGACGUCGAUCGCCUAAGUAGUGCGCGAAUCCUUAGAUCUCUCCUCGAGAUCCUCGGCGUCCGAGGGACCGUCGAUCGUUUAAAUAUAUAAUUUUUUUUUUACCUUCAAAGACAACAACGACCGCAGCAGCAGCUUGUCGUCGACUACCAGUCCAACAACGACCGCCGAAUUCGAAGAGACGACACCAGUGAUUUUCAACGGAACCAAGCAUCUCAACCCAAAGCUACAAAAUGGCACAACUAGUCUUAAACAUUAUCGACAGUUACCAUGAUAUAAUGGACAACAAGAGCGACCCCAGAGUGAACGGCUGGCCCAUGUUAUACAGCCCGUUCCCGACGCUGUUCAUAUGCCUGUUUUACGCGUACUUCGCCAAGGUGCUCGGACCCAGACUGAUGGAGAACCGAAAACCGUUUCAGAUGAGAAAAAUCCUCAUAGUGUACAACGCCAUACAGACCGCGUUCAGCGCUUGGAUAUUCUACGAGUACAUGAUGAGCGGAUGGGGAGGUUCGUACAGUCUGAAAUGCCAACCUGUCGACUACUCCAACAGCCCGAUGGCCUUGCGGAUGGCUCGCACGUGUUGGUGGUACUACAUUUCCAAGUUCACCGAAUUCUUCGACACGUUGUUCUUCAUUCUGAGAAAAAAGAACCAACAGGUGUCCACUUUGCACGUCAUCCACCACGGAUGCAUGCCCAUGAGCGUUUGGAUGGGAAUGAAAUUCGCACCGGGCGGUCAUAGUACUUUCUUCGCGUUGCUCAACACUUUCGUGCACAUAGUCAUGUACUUCUACUACAUGGUGUCGGCGAUGGGACCACAAUACCAAAAAUACAUUUGGUGGAAAAAGUACCUCACCUCGUUCCAGAUGCUGCAAUUCGUGUGCAUCUUCAUCCACCAGUUCCAGCUGUUGUUCAUCGAGUGCAACUACCCGAAGAGCUUCAUGAUCUGGAUCGGCCUGCACGGCGUCAUGUUCUUGUUCCUGUUCUCAGACUUCUACAAAUCCAAGUACACCAAGGACGGCAAACCGAGAUCAUCCAACGAAGGAGCUUGCAUGCCAGUCGAGAACUCAAACAACUACAGCAAGUGUUCGUCCAACGAGCACGACAACGUGGUGUACUAUUCGAACGGCAUCAACAACGGCUUCAAGACGACCGAAGACGCCAAGACCAAGUAGUUAGGGAAAAACCGCCCCCCCACCCACACACACACACAAACAAUCGAGUUAUACAAAAAAAAAAAAAAACGUUCCUAAACUAUAUUGGAAAUGGACAAAGCCCGGGCGACUCAAUCAGCAAAAACAAGCAAGCACAUUAGAUGAUAAUAAUAAAUGUUAAACAAUAAUAUAUAUAUAUGUAUAUGUAUAUAUUAUAUUAAAAAAAAAGAAAUAUAAUAUAUAGUAUUUUAUGUAAAAAUCCGUUCGGAAGAAAUGUUUGAAAACAAACGAAAAAAAAAAAACAAAAAUUAAACUUUCAACUUUACUAUAAUAUUACAAUAUAUAAUAUUAUAAUGUCAAUUCGCAUAUUAUAGUAAUAUGUACAUAUUAUAUGUCUUCUCCCGAAAUUCGACAAAUUUUUUAGUUUAAGAAUAAAAAAAAAAUAGAAAUCAAUUUUCUACACACAUCCACCGAACAAUAUUUGUUAUAUAUUAACCUAUAUAUAUAUAUAUAUAUAUAUGUAUUUUUUUUUUUUUUCAUAAUAAUUAUUAUUAUAUAAAAACCGUGUGUGCGACGACGCUUGAUUAUCUAUUAUUAUUAAUAACAGGUAUUAAAAUUAUUAUUAUUUAUAUUCUUUUCGUGUUUCGAAACGUUUUUUAGGGGAUGGGUUUUAGGUCCGUCGAUACUUUUUUUUCUUCUAUCAAUUUUAUAUUAAUUAUAUUACCUCUAUUCAAUGUGGGCGCACCUGUUUAUCGUUUCUCUUCGAUAAAAUUUGGGGGAAAAAAUGUUAUUGGUGCCCGUCCCGGUGAAAUUUGUUCUUGUUUUUUUUUUUUAUACUCUUCUUUUCUCUAUAACGAUACACGAACGUUGUCGUCGGUUUUGAAACAAUAAUUUAACGAUAUAAUAAAUUAUAUAAAAAAAAAUCCCAAAAAAAAGAAAAACAAUUUGCUACGUUAAAAUUGCGGAACGCAGAUUUUCAGUUUUUUUUCAUCGUUUUGUCGCUUUAAAGGAUUUUUUUUUUUUUUUU